AUGAUACAGCUGUAUAUGCACUUGCAAUGUGUAGCAAUUUGCUUAUCACUGCUGUCAGCAGCUUCGUGUUCUCCGAUAACGGACUUCAGUGAAAAUUCUGGACUGCCACCCCUUUCGGACUGCUACGGGGACAUAAAGGCGUGCACAAGAGGUCUCGCGCGCGAUGCGGAGGACCACCAGCGAGGCCGAGUGCGGCUGAUAGCAAAUGCCACCCGCCAUGGGCUUGAUCCACCGUGGGGACUUUUGCAGUUCGCAGCAAACCUGCCUAGACGGAAGAAGCAGGGCCUUACAGAAGCUGAAAAGCAAGCACGGAAAUUGGCGGAAGCACGCCGAGCUAAUCAGUGGAGGCGGGCGGGAUCCCCGCAUUCGAAUUCCUCAAUAUCUGAAAGUGAAGAUGAACAAUGGAACGAGCCCAGGAGUGCUUAUACAUCGACGCCUCCACACGAAGCCCUGCCAGAUGGCCGCAAUAGGACACCGCCGCUGCCCGGUGCCAAAAACCCAAAAAGCCAGAAACAAAGAGUCUUAGAAGCUUCGUAUAAACAACCGUAUUCUUCUCAGUUUCAAUCCGUCCUCGGUCAGGUUCACGAUGCUGAGCUCUCAGAUGAUGAAUCUACUGCGCAAAACCCAAGCCAUGAAGGAGUUCCGGAUGCCUCUCAAGCACAGGCUUCAGCAAAAGCGUCAAGCAAUAGCUCCCCCUUCAUGGCAACAAUGAGCAACUAUAAGCUAUCAGAUGGUAGCAGCACAUCUUUUUCAAAACCCCAUCUUCGUCUCUCAGGUGCUGGAGGAUAUGAUGAGAGCAGCUCCACAAAUGCAUCCGAGGGCUACAGAGGGGCUAACGCCAUCUACAACACGAGUUCAGCAAGCUCAGCUGUCAGUGAGGAAAAUGGCUCAGCCCAUGGAGAUAACAUGACUGGAUGGCCAGGAGAUGGACAACAACAUGAAGUUUCGGGGGAGGCGAAGCCUACAUUAGCUAAUUUGGUUAUGAAGGGUAUUGGAAGCGAGCUGUUGAAUUGCAUUGAACUUCCCCUUGGUUAUCAAGAAAUAGACUCCAAGGUGGACGACUUUUGCAAGAGGCUCAAGAAGAAAGACACUCGGUAUCCUAAUCAUCCGUUGCAAACGGCCUGUCGGAAGGGGGCAAAGCAUGUAGGCACUCAGCUUCGGCGCGUUUACCAAGAGUGCAAAGCGGGAAUGUACGAAUGCCUUAAAUCAUUGUGGCUGGCUCCAGUGGUGCCAGGAAUUACUAAGUUGAGAAGCCUGAUGGGAAUACCUCAGUUGGGGGAUCUCAACCUUGUUGCAAAAUUUAUAAAAGACGCAAUUGAGUCUCCCCAGGCUGCUCAUGUGUGGAAGUAUCCUGAUAUGGAGUCAAAUUCUUGCAUUUUUGAGCAUCAAUAUGAAAAUUUUCUUAGGGACAAAAGACGAAGAUUGGAAUCCCUGGAGCUCUUGCUGCUUCUCUCACAGCGGCACCAGGUCGAAACAACCUUUACAGGAUUUCUUAUGAGUCUAUUCCGUAUGGACAGAUGCAAACAGAAAUUCAAGAAAACUCCAAGGUAUCCAGCUCCCGACGGCUCCACCGUUGACUCAAGGGGUCUUUUUCAGGCCUUGUUGGCAAAUGUUGUGGGUGACGCAUUCGUUGUUAAUCCAAAAGAAUGCGGCACAGACGAGGCCCUGAAAACUGGCACGAAGACUAGCGUUCUGUGUGAACACCUGGCUCAUGGUGUGAAGCUGAGGAGCGUUUUGAAACCUAUCAUGCAACUGGUAGCAAACGGCGAGCUUGAAGAGGCCAUGGCAAAAGCAGCGAACUUUGCCGGCGAUUUCCAGGCAACGGAGGUGGACUGGCAGGACUUCGAAGCCACUCAAGCGAUUGCUAAAGUGCAUGCUGCAAUGUCGGUUUCCUUGCACUUUGCGGUAUCAUCGUGGAAAGGGAGGCUCGCAGCUUGGUUGACUGCAAGGGCGGCGCUAUCUCCAUUGCUUCGCAAGGUUUUCGGCGAAAUAGCCACGUCUCUCUUCGAGGUCAAUGGCAAGGGGGGAGACUUCGGAAUGGUUAUCAGGAGCGUCGAAAGGGAGCCGGACGUUAGCAGUGCAGCUUUGUUGAAGUACGCCGAAAUCGAGGUGAUGCAAUCAGCGGCUGAAGCUCGAUUUUAUUGUCAAACGGGCUACAAGGGGCUUGGCAAUGCAGUUCGCAGUGCACUGAAGACGGUUACAGACAGGUUUGCACGCAUGAAAUCCACUGAGAACAGAAGAGAGGGACGUGAAGGGACUGGUAUGUCCCGUCUCCCAAGCUUUUUCCAGGUGUACGCUUCGUGGAAUCUUGCUGAAAACACAUCUCUGCACCCAAGAAGAGCACCUGGACUGGGUGCAAUGGUGCAGUAUCCUCCUUCAUUCGUCUGGUUAUCAUCCCACUGGAAGCAAAAGGCCGGCUCCGCUUUAGCUGCCAGUGGCGCUUCAGCAAUGAAAAAGGUUAAAAAAGUCCUUAAAAAAGUCAAAGUGAAGGUCAGUGAAUAUUUUGCAGACUCCAAAUUACUUAGAAAACGAUGGUGGAACGUUCUUCUUGAUACUUUGCAGAGGCUGAAGAACGGGGACACAACGGCGUUACCUGGAGCUGUUCUAUUGGCAGUUCUAUUCUUUGUAGUCAGCGUUUCCUUUGCUGUAAUUGCUUCUGUGGCCGUUCAACUAAUCGGGGCCUUCUGCGUUCUGGCGGUUGUGCUCCUGUUGCUGGAGAUGUUUCAGUCUGAUGCAUCACCUCAAGUACCUGCUGUGUCCGACACCCCAUGA